GAGUCCACAGUGUGUCUGUACUGAACGGGUAGAACGAUUUAAAUACACAGCUUGGUAGCGAUAAUUGAAAUAUUUUGAGUAAAAAUAGGGUAAAUCCCCAUACAAUUAUUCAGGCGAGAAAGUUAGGGAAAGAGAAAAUGGCUCCCAGGUUUGGAUUAUUUAUGCUGAAGGUUGUGUUUAUUUCAAGAUUCUGCAUUGGAGUGGACACGCUAUGUGAAUCAAAUACAACUGAGAGUUUAUCGGUGUGUUCCGCGGGCCAAGUUAGAGGUACAUACAUCCAGCUGAACAUCAGAUCUUACACACAAGCCGUGAAGUGUAGGUGUAGUCUCACAGUGGAGCAGAAAAAAUUCAUCACAAUAUCGACCAAUCGUGUACCCCAAACGGACGAUUGUAAAAGCCAAGUGAUUCUGGAUUUCCAAUCCAAGAGAAUGAUUCAGUGUUCGAGUCAUCCUACCUACUUUUUCCUAACUGAAGAAAAUGAAACGGGGAAUGUAUCUUUUUCAACAGUCGCCAACAUUCAUGGCAGAACGGAAUACUCGCUCUAUUUUUGUGGACCCCAACUGCUUUUGACCUGUUAUGACGGAGAACUUGUUGUCACUCCAAGUAUACCUACGUCACCAAAUACAAAUACGUCACCAAUCACAAACACGUCACCAGCACAAGUAUCGUCAACGGAUACAGUGGCUGAGAAUGCAGCUAUAAUUGCAGCAAGUGUAUUGCUAGCUGUUGUUUUUGUCGUUUUAGUGGUAUUGGCUUUGAUGGUUAUUGUACGACGAAAAAGACGCAAUUCUUUUCCAAAUACAACGGAACAGAGUUAUUUACCUUCUGUCGACACACUUAAGCAUGAUUCAACAAAGGAAAACAGAGACAUUCUUGAUUUCGGCCAUACCAAUGAAGACAGUGUCUACAAUACUAUUGAAGAUAACGAAGGCUACCUGAAGAGUUCCGACUUAAGAAGAAACAGUAGUCUACGAUAUUCAAAAGCCCCAACUGCGCAUGUUCCGUCAAAGGAAGAGGAUGAAAAUAUCAAUAAUGGAUAUUUAGACGUUUUGAAAUAACUUUGCGCAGAUUCUGAACUGUCUAUAAAUUUGAUUUGUUUUAUCGGGAUUCAGUUUUCAUGAUGCUAAUAGUGGAAUGAAAAUAACAUAAUUUGACUGGAGAUGUAAGUUUCAGUUAUGAAUGCACAUAGAACUUUUUCUGUUCACUGUUUUUAUAUCAUACUAGACUUUGACCCGUGCACGCACGGGUUGACAUUGCAUAUGAUAUCUGGCAUUUACAAAAAAGAGACAUCGAAACACCGUAUAUUAUUAUAAUUGACAUUUGCAUAACCAAACUUCAAGCCUAAAAAAAUGUUUCAGCUAUUAAUUUCACUACACUCUGCUGAGUUGGAAUAAUCUAACUGUGUCUCGGGAAAGGCCUUCACCACAGUUAAAAUGCCUCCCAUAUUCCCGUAAUGUAGCAAAAAAACGAUUUUGGAGAAAACAGAGACAUAGAUAACAUUUUAUUUAUCUCUCUGGAGAAAAUUAAUAAAGUUGCAUUGAAAAUAACAGUCAAAUUGUUCACAACAAACCGUGUUGAAGCUGUAAAUACCUUUCUUUAAAAAGUUUAAUUCUAUAAUUGCAGAAUUCAACAUAUUUCAACAACGUUUUUUACACACCAUGUUGACAUUCGAAACUCUCGGGAUUUUUUUAAAUAAAUGCACUGUGUUAGAGUUAUCUCCCGUAUUUUCUUUGAUGAACAGAAAAAUUUCCAAUGAAAAUUAACACGCGUUUGUUUUAUCGUUCCAAGUUUAUACAGGCAAAUGUGAUAUUGUGGAAACAUAAAAUAAAGAGUCUCCGUGGUUUAGUGUGAAUGUAAUGCGCAUGCGCAAGAUUGUAAAAUCCAAAAAAUUCAGAUGAUUUUCGGAAUUUUUUGAGGAAUUUUCGUUGAUCAUUAAUUAACGAAGCUUGAUUGAGAAAAAAUAAAUACAAAUUGGUAAUCUUCAAGUACCAAUGAUGUUUAAAAUAUAUAAAACAAAAGACAGUACUCUUCCGAUUGAUCGGUAUUAAAGCUAAAAAAUUCGAGUCUAUUAUUUUAAUAUAGU